AUGCUGCGCAGGCGCGCCGGCUGCCCACUGUCGCGCAUGCGGGGCAGCUCAGUGCGCAAGCGCGCGGGAUGAGGGGCGGGGCCGAGUGGCGCUGGUUGCCCUCCUCUCGCGCCCCUCCCCCGGUCAGACGGCGGAGGUCUCGAGCGACAAUGAAGCAGGAGCCGCAACAGCAGCAGCAGCCGCCGGCCCAUCAGCCGCCCCCCGCCGGCGCCGGGGUGCCGGCCUUCCUCAGCAAGCUGUGGGCGCUGGUGGGCGAGGCGCCCAGCAACCAGCUUAUCACCUGGAGCCAGAAUGGCCAGAGUUUCUUGGUGUUGGAUGAACAGAGAUUUGCAAAAGAGAUUCUGCCUAAGUACUUCAAGCACAACAACAUGGCAAGCUUUGUCAGACAGCUAAACAUGUAUGGCUUCCGUAAAGUUGUCCAUGUUGAUUCUGGGAUUGUCAAACUGGAGCGAGAUGGUCUAGUUGAGUUUCAACACCCAUAUUUCAAGCAGGGUCGAGAGGACUUGUUGGAACACAUUAAAAGGAAGGUUUCUUCUUCGAGACCUGAAGAAAACAAGAUAAGCCAGGAGGAUCUCUCCAAAAUAAUAAGUAGUGCUCAGAAAGUGGAGAUUAAACAAGAGACUAUUGAAUCUCGAUUGUCUGCCCUGAAAAGGGAGAAUGAAUCUCUUUGGAGGGAAGUGGCAGAACUGAGAGCAAAACACCUGAAACAACAGCAAGUUAUUCGGAAGAUUGUACAAUUUAUUGUUACCCUGGUGCAGAACAACCAACUAGUGAGCCUAAAACGCAAGAGGCCUCUACUUCUGAACACUAAUGGGCCUACAAAGUCGAAUGUAUUUCAGCAAAUUGUGAAAGAACCAGCAGACAAUAAUCAUCAUGUACCUCUCAACAGAACUGAGGGCUUAAAACAAAGAGAACAAAUUUCAGAUGACAUCAUUAUUUAUGAUGUUACUGAGGAUGUGGCUGAUGAGGAAAAUACCAUGGUUGAUGAAGAAAAUGCUCCCAUUACACCAGAGACAAAUGAAGAUACCACUUCAGAUUCUUCUAACUGCAGUCGUUCUCCUGAUAUCGUAAUUGUGGAAGAUGAUAAUGAGGAAGAAUACGCCCCUGUAAUUCAAGAGGAUAAAAGCACAGAAUCGGUUGCUGUCUCAGCUAAUGAUCCCCUCAGCCCUGUCAGUGACAGCACAAGUCCGCUCAUGUCAAGUGCUGUACAGCUGAAUAACCAGUCAACUUUAACUGCAGAAGACCCAGUCUCCAUGAUGGAUUCCAUACUCAGUGAAAAUGGAGUAAUUUCACAGAAUAUAAAUCUCCUUGGAAAAGUUGAACUUCUGGAUUAUCUUGACAGUAUCGACUGCAGUUUAGAGGACUUCCAGGCCAUGUUAUCAGGACGACAAUUCAGCAUAGAUCCAGAUCUGCUGUUUGAUCUUUUUACAAGCUCCGUACAGAUGAAUCCCACAGAUCAUAUCCCUAAUACCAAAAUGGAGACGAAGGGAAUAGAAACUACCAAGAAUAAUGCUGGCCCAGCUGCUUCACAGGAAACACAAGUUUCCAAACCUAAAUCAGAUAAACAACUCAUACAGUAUACUGCAUUUCCACUGCUUGCAUUCCUUGAUGGGAACCCAGGCUCCACUGUUGAGAGCGGGAGUUCCGCAACUGAAACUCCUUCUUCUGUGGACAAACCCCUGGAGGUGGAUGAGCUCCUGGAGAGCAGCCUGGAUCCUGAACCCACUCAGAGCAAGCUGGUGCGCUUGGAACCGCUAACAGAGGCAGAAGCAAGUGAGGCCACGCUGUUCUAUUUAUGUGAACUGGCUCCAGCACCCAUGGACACAGACAUGCCAUUCUUGGAUAACUAAUGUAAUGGGGACUAUGUACAUUGUCAUGAAGAGGAACUAUUUAUUUAGAAUAUUGUUUGGUAUGAGUUUUUUGUAAAUCACUGUUUUAUGUAACCAGAUAGUGGGGAAUCUGAAAUACCUUUGCUAUCCUACAAGCAAUUAUUUAGCUACAGUUAGACAAGCUGUUAGACACAGUUGGCAAUACCAAGUUGGAUUGUUACAGUACUGCUGUCAAAUGCUUGGUAUACUUAUGCAUAUCUCUAAAUACCUGAGGUAACCAAACACUUGUUAAGAGUAAGCUUCAGUUUAUGGUUUCUUCCACUUCUGGUUUUACAUAUAAUGAUGAUGACAACUAGUAGUGUAUGGUUAGGGAGCACUGACUUUCUGUAUCUUUUUUUUUUCUAUUUUCUACAAUAUUUUGUUUAAUAAACAUAAGGCUUUUUUGGGGUGGGGGGGACCAGGACCUGAUGUUAGGCUUUUUUUUUCCCUGCUUGAACUGGGAACAAAGUGCCUGUACCUUGCUAAAUCUUGGUUCUGCCUUACUUUCACUUCAGUGAAAGUGCUUAUACAUAGCACAAACUGGGGAAGAAGUUCUUUACAGCUGCCAGGCCCCCUGACUGCAUGAGUACUUUAACUUGGACCAUCUACUCUGAUAAAAUAAAUGUUAUGUAAGUAAGUGUGGUAGCUUAAGAGUUGUCUCUUAUUCCCUGUGCCAAGCAGAUGUGAAUUUAACAGCUGUGUUUUUACUGUGCCAAACUUUUUUCUAUGCACAUUUAUUAGAAAUGAGGCUCAUCUGCAAAUCUUGAGUUUUAUAUAUAAGAUCCCAAAAGCAGUCUAACUAUUAGCCACUGUAGCAAACUAAUUUAUUUCAGUAGUAUACAACGUAUUACUUUCCUCCUUUGGUUGCUUACAGACGACUGCUGCAGAGCCCACUUGUUCCUUUCUACAGAAGCACUUCACCUCUAUUCAAAAUGUGUAUUUACUGUAAGGCUUCCAUCCUUAUUCAAGUUGUUAUUCCAUCUUCAUUAUAUAGUUGAAGAGAAAGUAUAUAUGACCACUGUCAGUGUCAUAUAGGACAAGUUGACGUUACAGUAAUCAAAUGAUUUCACUGAGCAUCUGAUUUAGUGUAAGAAGUUCAACUGCAACUGAAGAAUCCCUUUUUGCCCUCAGAGCUGUAGCUACAGAGGUUUGAGAGAAGCUUCAGAGUAAGAUGUCCCAGUAAAGUGAUAAACUACAGUAAGCUUGCUUAUUGAGACACUGAGUGAGAGAAAUGCCUUUAUGAUACUAGAAGCGUAUUAAAUUCAACAGCUUUAUUUUCUUAAAGGCAUAGUCUGGCCUCUUCUAAGAGUAGCUGAAUUUAUGCUGACACAACUGACUCCUCACCUUCCUUUUUCCAUGAAGGACCAGUUAGUUACAGGUUACAGGCACUACAGUGAAAUACCAGUUAAUUUUAGUAUUAGGAACUACUGUAUUAAAACAAGCAUUAAGGUAUUUCACCUAAGCAUUAAAAAAAAAAAAAAUACAAUGCAGCUCAAAUUAUGCUCUGGUCCUGUUAAGUAGGAAUGCAGUUACAAGUAUAAAGCAUUUUGGUGUUUUGAAUAACAUGGGUGAAAAGGGUGCAGAGACAGUUUGAAAAACUUCACCUAGGCUUACAUGUGAUACCAAGAGUCUGAGCUGACACAGUGUAGAUGUUGCAGCAUUGUCAGUUUUCACUUUUCAACUCCCAAGUAACUUGAAAGUGUCCAGAGAAUGUAAGAUUCGAACACUGUAAGAACCAUAUUCUAGCCCCAUGUUCAGAAGCAGUAAGAGACAUCAAAAGUAAUUACACAGUUUCAUCCAAAUUUAUUUAAGGUAACAACAUAUUUCAAAUUACUGCAAGCCUUUACUAAUCCUUUCAUUACCAUUUCAUGAUUGAGUGACAUGUCAUACUUCCGUGCUAAAUGUCAGUAUGUUACAAUAAAAGCUUAGAAAAGAAUUAGCAACAAGAAGUAACAGUAUAAACAUCACAGUAACACAUAAUCAUGACAUCAUCUAAGUGCUCUAGGGUACCUCCCGAGCAGACAGCUCAAGUCUCAGGUCAUAGCAAGUAAAGGAAAAAUAUAAAUAAUGCAGCUUACAUACUUCAAUUACAAAGCAGCAAGCACAAAAGCAUUUAAUUUUUCAUAACUGCACAAAACUAUACAGUAUUUUAAUCAAACAGAUCUAAUGCUUUACCUUUUGUCUAAAACUACUUUCUAGGCUGAACUUUAUCUCUGGUAAUGGACAGUAAAGUACCCAAAUCAAAAUGUAGAGCCUCGAGUAUCUUAAAGAUUUUUGUUAAUGCAAGCCUCCCCUAAUUACUGUGUUCAGUGCUGCUGCUGCUUCUAUUUGAAUCAUUAUGCCACAAAAAUUCCUCUGACAUGUUAACAGUGUUCAACCACUCGGCUCCUUACUUGUGCUUGUAAUUUAGCCAAGAAAGUGGCACAAAACCAGCAAUAAAUUAAAACAGAGCUAUUCCACUUAAACUACCUUUAAAAAAAAAAAACAAAAA